AUGGGUGAGCAGAGACGGCGAAUGUAUGUGAUGGCAUAUGACGCGUAUGUGAUUCCAAUCCCAACUAAUGACAGCAGGAAAGAAUGGAAAAUGGGCAAUGUAGGGGACCGUGAAACUCUAAAUCCACCGCUGCAGGCCUUGAAUCCACAAUUCUGUCACCUUAAGAUUCCAAACACACCAUACCACACCACUCCACUCCACACCACGCCACACUGCCCCACACUAUACCACUAUACUCUACACCACCCCACCCCAUACUACUCUAUUCCAUACCCCAUUGCUGCACUCCAGUCCACACCAGCAAAGCACACCACCCCAUGCCACCACACGACCCCAUGCCACCACCACACACCACCCCAUGCCACACCACACCACCCCAUGCCACCACACGACCCCAUGCCACACCACAACACCCCAUGCCACCACACGACCCCAUGCCACCACACGACCCCAUGCCACCACCCCACACCACCCCAUGCCACACCACACCACCCCAUGCCACCACACGACCCCAUGCCACACCACACCACCCCAUGCCACACCACACCACCCCAUGCCACCACCCCACACCACCCCAUGCCACCACACGACCCCAUGCCACCACACGACCCCAUGCCACACCACACCACCCCAUGCCACCACACGACCCCAUGCCACCACCCCACACCACCCCAUGCCACACCACACCACCCCAUGCCACCACACGACCCCAUGCCACCACCCCACACCACCCCAUGCCACCACACCACCCCAUGCCACCACCCCACACCACCCCAUGCCACACCACACCACCCCAUGCCACCACACGACCCCAUGCCACCACCCCACACCACCCCAUGCCACACCACACCACCCCAUGCCACCACACGACCCCAUGCCACACCACACCACCCCCAUGCCACCACACGACCCCAUGCCACCACCCCACACCACCCCAUGCCACACCACACCACCCCAUGCCACCACACGACCCCAUGCCACCACCCCACACCACCCCAUGCCACCACACCACCCCAUGCCACCACACGACCCCAUGCCACCACCCCACACCACCCCAUGCCAUGCCACACCACCCCAUGCCACCACACACCACCCCAUGUCACACCACACCACUCCAUGCCACCACCCCAACCACCCCAUGCCACACCACCCCAUGCCAUGCCACCACCCCACACCACCCCAUGCCACACCACACCACUCCAUGCCACACCACCCCACCCCAUGCCACCACCCCACACCACUCCAUGCCACACCACCCCACCCCAUGCCACCAUGACACCAGGAGCUUUCUUUACCAACUGUUCCUACCGUGAUGUUUUGCCUUGA